CGGCAUCAUCCAUCAUUCAACGGAUAUCAGGGCGCGCGAUUGGCGAGUUUGUGCCCGUCUUGACCACUUCAUCAUGGCAGGUGAUGUCCGGGGCGUGCGUGCCGGCAGCAGGCGCAAAACACCCACCCCGCGACCGGAGAAGGCGCCUGUACGCGCGCGACGGCUGCGCAGCCAAAGUCGCGACAUCGAGCCAAUCCCUGAGGUCCAAAAACCAACACGACGAACUGCGCGCCAACGGAGCGUUGCCAGUGUCGCUAGUGAGAGCGAAAAUGAGGGACUGAAAAAGCGCAAUAAUCGAAGGCCUGCCAAACAGGCAGUGGGAGAGCUUACAAUCGUUGAGGAGGUCGGCACCGAAAUUCAUCUUGACGAGGCACCUGCGACGCCCCAGCGUGUCGACAUUCCACUGCCGUUGGAGCAGCAAACAUUUCGAUCACCUGGCGCAGUCUCCGAGAUGUCCGGUACCACCGCCAUCUCGUCAUUCUCCAUGAUUGAAGCAGAGUUCUUGGAGCCAAAAUUCAUCCAGAAGCACGUCCGCAAAUUGUGCGACUCGGCGAUGGAGUUUCUUGAUCAUCUCGCACCCAGGGGUGGAUCGAUGGAAGAAGACUUGUACAACAUCACCGAGAUGCUCAAACCAGGCUCAGAGUUUGCAGAAGAAUACUCGGACUUUGAUGAAGAGUUCAGGCUGCACUUGAAACACUUCAAGGGCGACGAGAGCAACUACAUAAACCCUCGAGCGAUCCAUCGCGCUUUGUUUGGUUCUUACACUGACGCUGGAGGCGUAGAUUCGGGUGUUAAUCUUGUGCUUUACUUGGCCAACAUUCUGGUCUUUGCGAAACAGAUGAUCCACUCUGACCGCAGCGACAAAGACGUCUGGAACCAUCUGCGACUGUUAGAUUCCUCAUUCCCUAGCCAGUUUAUGCGCUCGCUACGCUCCAACGGCUCGCCAACAGCUGCCGGGGAUAGCGCUCUGCUGGAAGGGACUUUCAAACUGGCAUUGGAUCUGCGUAUUCAGGUCACCAUUCUUUCCUUGGAGCGUUCUGCAGGUGACGAUGGGUUCAAUCCUGACGAGGCUCUGGAUGGUAUUUUUCUUCAAGAGCAAGAAGGUGGGGACAUUCUCCGUGGUUGGAGUGUGGCAGCGCUUGGUGGAGAAGAGUCUCGCCUCACAGAGGACCAUCAAAAGAGAAUCGCAGAACACUACAAUACAAUAAGAGCAUACUUCCCCUUCGACGGUCAGUCUCUCCAAGACGGACACGUGGUGGACUUGGAUCGUCUGGGUAGCGAGUUCCCGUGGAAGGCGACGAUCCUUUGUCUACUGGAUUGGGUCCGCGCUCGACGCAACGAACUCAGCGCCUCGAUCGAUAUGGUUGGUGGCUCUGCAGCAAUACUGGCGAAUAUCAGGCAAGCCGUAGCAGCGCUCCAACCAGUCCCCGCAGGAGCCAGACCCUCGACCGCCCCCCGAGAUUCCCCACGAAAGAAGCGGGCGUCGUUUGGACGACAACGGAGACGUAGCAGCCGCAAGUUUGAUCCCAACGCGCCUGUAGACCUUGGCGUAAUCGACGCCCUGAAGGCAAGGGAAAGAGACUCCGGGGUACAUUUCGAUCCCAAAGACCCACAAUCUGGUGACGUGUUUGUAGAAGUGGCCCAAGAAGAGGAAGCAGUAGAGGAAGCAGUAGAGGAAGAAGUUGAGGCUGAGGCCGCCCCCGAAGAUGCAGACGCUGAGCGCGAGUUGAGCGAGCAGAUCGCUCAAACUGAGCGCACGACCUGGGACCAAACACUUGGCGGGGACGACCAACAAGCAGGAGAGGCAACGCUUGUAGCUGGAGACGACGAGUCCCUAGACAUCAAUAACGUCGCUCCUUCAGGUCCGCCAAAAAGCACACAAGAGAUCCUCGCCGCUUUGAAGUCUGUUCAACCCGCGGGCAAGGAGAAUCGCAAAGCCCCUCGAUUCGUUGAUCGACAAGCUACAGCUCAACGCGUCGACUUCGGUAGCGGCUUCGACUCCAGCCAGGGCACGCCCGGCCCCUCAACCAGAGUGCUCGACAAGGGCAAGCAGCGCGCCGAGCCGCCUCCUUCCGUGCCCAAGAAACGCCGGCGAGCAGAAUCAGAGGACGACGACGUCGAUGACGACGACGAAGCGUAUGAGACUAGUGAUCGAACGUCCCUUGUGCAAGAGCGCCGCCAGAAAGCACCCGUCUCGAAGAGACGCCGCGUCGAGCCACCCUCUUCCGCGCCCGCACCGCCCUCCCACCAACCCGAGCGAGCCUCCCAACCCGCAGACGCCCAACUCCGCCUUUCCCCUAGCCACCAACGCGCCCCCGCGUCCUCGGCGCCCACCGCCCGCGCCAUCGAGCAUGAAGAAUCCCGCUCCGAACCCGAAGCCCGCGACACGACCGAUCCUCCCCCCCGGCGCUCCACGUCUUGCGCGCCGCCCAGCUCUCAAUACCCGGCCCAACACGUCCUCAGUCUGCAGAACAGUCGCAUCGGCGGCGCGGGCAGCGUGCGGCAGCCCCGGCGCACGUGGACGAGCGAGCAAGAAGACGCGUUUAUCUUCUACAUGGAAGUCGUGGGGCCGAGCUGGAGGAACAUACUCCUGUACGACAAAGGCGCCGAGGGCUACGGCGAGCUGGAGGAGUUUACCCAGGUCAAUCUCAAGGAUAAGGCGAGGACUAUGGCGGUUAAUAUGAUCAAAUCCGGGACCGGCCUGAGGACGGGGUUUGAGAGGAUUGUUACUGCGGUAUCGAAAGAGGGGAGGAAGUUGAUCGAGGCGGGGUUUACGUGGUAGGUGGCGUUUGGCUUCUUUGUAAGAGGCAGAGGCAGAGAGACGGGAUGUGCAUUUUGGAGGACUCUGUGUUAUUGAUACCUGUCGUUAUGCCUCGCGUUGACCUAUCGUCUUGCACAUCUUCUGCACACUCGCUAGCUUCGUCCCUCGUUCAACACGUCAGAUCUUCUCCCUCCACCGCACGGCCCAAUCGCCCUUUGCAAAACUCGACUCCACAACCGCGCCCUUCAUGACGGCCUCGCACUUGCGCCUCUCGCCCUUGUCGCCGCCCCUCACGCCCUCGUCCCCAUCAACUACGAAGCCAAAAGCGC